GGUCUUUAACCGGUGACAGCACUUCCGUUUGAGAUACAGUUUAAUGUUUUAAAUAUGUUUUAGGUGCUGGUGCUGCCUUACUUAUUGUUGUUGUCGCCCCCCUCUUCUCCGUCCGAGCACGCCUCUUGUAGUCAAGCACACACGUGCAUGCGCACAGCUUUCGACGCGUCCCAACUCCAGCCAGCUGACCGUGCGAACAGAGUCGAUCUCGGAGAGUUAGGGGUUGUGGGGUCGCAGUCGGGCUGAGCUGACAGGGCGUAAUCUGGAAUGGGGAUGUGUUUACCGUGUCUGAAUGGAGCGCACGAAGAUGUGGUUGAAACGCCUGACCCGGAAACGAGAAGAAAGCAACUUGCUGAAGCUGCGGAAAAGAGACAGAAAGAGGCAACAAACAGAGGCAUUAAGGACCCAGAGGCCCUUGAACGAAAAAAGAAAAAACUAGAAGAGAUGGAGAAGCAGGCCAAGAUAUCUGAGGUCUCAGGACAAGGUGGAGGACUUAAGUGGCAAGUUGGAUAGUUUACAUUAUUGACCAAAAGAUGAAGGACAAUUCAUAUGGGUUUUGCCAGCUUGGACAUCUGUCCUGUUGAGGAAUUGAUCCUAUUAUUGCUGUGCAGCUUACUGGUUUUGUGUGCAUAGGAUGACCCAGUCUAGUGCCAUUAUUAGUGCUGCCAAGAUACAUGUGUGAAGAAUGCCGGCCAACAUACAAGUCCUAAGGGGAUAUCAUCGUGCAUCUCCAGGUUCUUGAUGAGCUUGACUUUUGAUACUUAUCAAGCUAUUUGAUCACGUGUUGUUCUGCAUAUCCAGCCACCAAAGAACCACAUGUAAACUCUUUUAAAAUAUUUUGACUCAAACUUUUCAUAGUUUAUUUUCAGUUUCAGUUUACCAGCACAAUUUUUAUUUAAUGGUAUAAAACUAAUUAUUUUGUUUUUUAUUUUGAUUGUGGUCCACUACUUAAUUUUAUUCUAUAGCUCAUUCUAAUCCACAAAAAUUGCUUAUUUAUACUGGUUUAUAUGCUGGUGCAGAUGUACCUCUGGAACCACACUGUGCUGCUGGCAUUCACUUCUUUAUAGCAUUUACCAGUAUGCAAGUCAGGUGACACAGUCUUACUAUUUGGUGAAGGAUUUUUUGUGACUACUAUAAUGCAAAGGUUAAUUUAAUCUGCCUUUACUGUGUGUCCAUUAUUCUUAACUAAUGUGAUCUUUUUCUUUAUUUAUAAAUGGAUUUAUUUAAUUUCAUAUUAGGAGGCUAUUAGCAUGCUUUUCUAAGAGAUAUAGUGUCCAGUGCAUUAAUUUAUUUUAUGACUACUUAUUGCUAAAUGGUUUGAUUAUUCUAUAAAUACUGAAAUAAAAUCACUAUUGAAGAUAA